UGAAAGGACACGGCGCAGUAAAUUGUUACCACGACGCGCUUCGGUUGCUUCUCCGGUCUUAGUCCCGGACCUCCCACAACCCACUGUAACUACACUCUGACUCCAGGAGCUUAACUCCCAGAUUCAAGAACACACACUCUCCUUGUAAAGUCUAAACCUCCGAUUCGUGAAAGAUCGUUUGGAAUUUUUGCUUUUCGCUUGGGAUCAAUCUUCCUCGAGAUACUCUAGACGCUUCUGGUUUAUCAAUCGCUUUUACAGUUAUCACACGGAUCUGAAAAGAGAAAUCGAGUUAAUAGGUUUGCAUUCCGAUUGAAUUUUUGGAGGGGAAUCGAAUGGAUCUCGGCUGUAUUGAUAUGGGAUGCAUUGAGAAGCCGAGCAAGGAGACUUCGAUGGAGAAAGACAGCAGCGAGGAGGAGGCAUCUGCAACUAAGCCUUUAAAGAUUAACAAAGCUAAGGAUGCUAUGAGGUCCAGCAUCAGUGCUUUAAACAAGCUCACAUCCCAAAUCACAAAGCCUACUCAUCGAAAAACUUCGUCACCUCUCAAUUGGUUCCCACGGAAAAAGGUGGAGCCAUAUUUGAAGAGGAAGAUAAAAAUGCUGCAGCAAGUGGAUGGUAUGAACACAACGCUUGAUGAAACUCUCGGCGACUCAAAUCCACAUUACUCAAGAGUUUUGCUAGAAAAAAUCGCGAUACGAGAGGCUGCAGAGAAAGCCAUGAUGGCUCGGAAGGCGGCCAUGGUAGAGGCAUCUUGGUGCCGAAUACUCCAAGCUGCUCGAAUUGAGACUAAAGAAGCUGAGGAUCAGUUGUCGAAAGCAGAUCUUGCUGCAACCGAAGCAUUUGAGGCCGCAAGGGCAAUCGGAGUAAUCAUGAAUGACAUAUCCGACUCAGCGUUGCAGAACCAGAGCAAAACAGAGACGUUGGCUGCAGGAGAUUUGACUGUUAAUACAGUUUCAGCGACAUUCGAAACUGCAUUUGAGGUUGAUCGACAAGUAGCGGCCGCGGUCAAAGCUGCGUUCAUCAAGCUUGCAAGCUGCCCUCCGAUCAACCACGACGAUUUCAAAGAAUUGCUGCACAGAAUCAGCGAGAAUCCCGACAGCAGCUCCUCUAUCGUCGUGACAUCAGACAGGGAAUCUGAAUCCGAUGUUGUCACAGACGAUGCUGCCGGACCAUGUAAGAAAAGGAGGGAAUUGAAUGAGUUUGGAAUGGAUAAUCUCGUCGAUAUGAUGCUCGGCAGGCUUCGUUGCUUGAAGGAAGACGAACUCGCAUCUCUUGCAACGAUAGUUGCGACGAGUGGUCUGAAUGCCGUGUUGUCUGAAAUGGGAAACGGCAAGAGGCACGAUCUAAGCUCGGGUGUUGAGAAUACAGAAGAUACAAACGGUCUUAAGCCGACGAGAAGAGCGUCUGUAAUAAGACGGGCUUCAAGGGCUUCACUCGCGCAAGGAGGCUCCGCGAAUGGCGAACUUCCUAGCCUCGACAAGUUUCUCGUAAAACGGCUGACUAGGCUCGAACGAGAACUUCUAGAAGCCAAGAAUGCUAGAAAAAACGAGCACAGUAACGACAACCUUUCUUCUAUCGAAAAUUCAUCAGAGGUCAAGGAGCUCGAAGAAGCAAAAAGGAGGAACGGGGCAUUGUCUGAAACAGACAACAGUAGACUAUGCCGCGCACGGCAAGAAGCUGAGGAGGAAGUUCCUAGUCUCGACAAAGUUUUAGUAAAACGCAUAACGAGGCUCGAAAGAGAGGUCCAAGAAGCUCGAAAGCACGACAAAGAAAACAUGGACGUGAACAAAACUAGAGCAGCUCGAAGCCACGAAGCUGAGCCAUACGAAAGCUUGGAUAAAGUUCUUACAAAGCGUGUGUCGCGGCUGGAGAAAGAACAACAGGAGUUUCGCCCGGACACAAUGCCCCGGAACAAUCCGAAGCGCAAGGAGACACACCGGGACAUGGACGAGGAGGGGGGAUUGGAUCAGGUAUUGUCAGUCAAGCACAAGUGCCGGCUGGAGAGGGAAAAGACAGCUGCUGCUGUUUCUAUGAUGUUGCAAGAAGAGGACAGCGCCACGACCGGACAUUCAAUGUCUCGGAGACGACAGGCGCGGGAGAAAGAAUUGCAGGCUGCCUGGGGAGGUUUGAGCUUAGGAAAUUCUAUGAUGAUGCCUCCUCAUGUUUCUCGACUUCAGCGUGAAAAGGCUGCUUGGCUCGAAGCUGAAGAAGAUGAGAAGAAGAAGAUAGGGAAUAAUGGCAGGAUAGUUCGUUAAACUUUUCCCGCCAAACAUAUCGAGCUCGACCGGUUGUCAUCCCGACUCCAAACCCGAGUAUGUUUUAGAAUUGCAUUGAGUUUGCGGUUAAUUAUAGAUAUGAAUUAUGAUCAAGUGAAAACUGUGACGAACAGCAUCAAAAUUCAUAAAUGACAUUUACUUGGUGUGUUGGGUAAAAUAAAAAGUAGAAGUAUUAAAAAGAAAAUGACAUUUAUUUGGUUUUGCUUGAAUCAAAUAAUUAAAAUUUGAGAAAUGAAUUAUUUAUUCAAAUUUCCUCCGUUGAAAUAGAGAAUAAUCAAGUUCUACGAAUUUCAGUUUCUUAUGCUAUAAUAUCCUCUACUGCUAUCAUUUUUGUUUAUAUGUAAUUUUAUCAAAAGCACAUU